AAGCGCUCCCUUCGUCCUCCGCCUUCAUCCUCGUGAGAGCUCGCUGCUUAUUAAGUCUUUACUGAAAUACACAACAACAACAACAAACAACAACCAUGUCGGUGUUCUGCGAGGUGCCACAAGCAGCCCCCGUAGCUGUCUUCAAGCUAUCGCAGGAUUUCAAUAACGACCAAUUUCCCAAUAAGGUGAACCUGGGAGUGGGAGCCUACCGGACAGAUGAGGGCCAACCGUGGGUUUUGCCUGUGGUCAAAAAGGUUGAAAAAAUAAUUGUGCAAGAUGGGAGCCUGAACCACGAGUACCUGCCCAUCCUGGGCCUGCCUGACUUCAGGUCCUCUGCUUCUAAGAUCGCACUGGGAGAAGACAGCCCUGCCAUCCAGGAGAACAGGGUAGGGGCGGUCCAAUGUCUGGGUGGAACAGGUGCCUUGAAGAUGGGCGCUGAAUUCCUUAGUCGUUUUUACAAUGGCAAUAAAAACACAAAAACACCGAUCUAUGUGUCUGCACCUACCUGGGAAAACCACAACGCCGUGUUCGCCAACGCCGGCUUUGAGGAUGUCCGUCCAUACAAGUACUGGGACGCAGAGAACAGGGGCCUCGACUUUGCUGGUUUCCUUGAAGACCUGGAGAGUUGCCCAGAGCACUCCGUCUUUGUUUUGCACGCAUGCGCCCAUAAUCCAACCGGCACGGACCCCACACAAGAGCAAUGGAUGCAGAUCGCAGAAGUUAUGAUGAGGAGGAAGCUGUUUGUGUUCUUCGACUCUGCUUAUCAGGGAUUUGCCUCGGGCUGUCUGGAUAAAGAUGCCUGGGCGGUCCGCUACUUUGUCUCCGUGGGCUUCGAAAUGUUCUGUGCCCAGUCGUUCUCCAAGAACUUUGGCCUCUACAAUGAGCGUGUGGGCAACCUGACCAUUGUGGCUCGGGACGCAGACAACCUGAAGCGAGUUCUGUCCCAGAUGGAGAAGAUUGUCAGGACCACUUGGUCGAACCCACCGUCUCAGGGAGCUCGCAUUGUUUCCAUCACUCUUAAUUCACCCGAGCUCUUCACUGAAUGGAAGGACAACGUGAAGACCAUGGCCGGCAGGGUUUUGAUGAUGAGGGCUCAGCUAAAAGCUAAGCUUCAAGGCCUGGGAACACCGGGCACCUGGGAGCACAUUACAGAGCAGAUUGGCAUGUUCAGCUUUACAGGCCUCAACUCCAAACAAGUGGAGUACAUGGUGAAAGAGAGACACGUCUACCUAAUGGCCAGCGGUCGCAUCAACAUGUGCGGUCUGACCAGCAGCAACAUAAACUACGUGGCCGAGUCCAUCCACGAGGCCGUCACCAGGGUCCAGUAGAAGACUACACUACCCAGAGUUCACAGUUCCCCCUGCAGCCCGGCGCUGAGCCACCUGAUUCCAGGCACAGGGUUUGUGCUGUCUUUUUGCACAAACGUAGACAACCUGUCCUGUCAGUGUUUUGCUGAGCUAUGCUGAACACUGCUUAGAUCUAUAUCUAUCCAAACGCACAAACGGGAAUCAUUCCUUCUCAGAAUUGUGUUAAUAAUUUGCCCCUGUCUUUCCUGUUUUUUUGUGGUUCCCCAUUUAUAGUGUGUACUUUGUGUGACGUCAGAGAUGUUCCAAACAUAAUGUUAUUUUUAUGUGUCAUCACCCGGACCUUUGUGCGUGUCAGCCCACAUGUCACUGUUUUACACUCACCGCCAGCAGUGCUGAUUCAUCUGGCUAAAAAUGUUUAAUGCGCUCAUGCUGUUAUGAUUCAUCCAUUCCAAGUGUGAAAAACACAUUUCCAAUCUGAUCAACUGGCACAUGUAUUUAACACGCUCAUUGUAGCUUUAAUCAAUGGUUGAUGUCGUAAUAAUUCACCUCUUCUGUCUUGACAGAUGUGGCAGUAUUAAGAGAUGAGAAGUUUUCACCUUGAACUAUGCCAUUUAAAAAUGAGUCUUUUUGUUUUGGGUUGAGUGAGCAGAAAUGGCACAAAAAUACACGUGUUGUGUGUCGCUGUUUUCACAGCUGAAUGUUGCAGCGGGACAAACGAAUGUUGAGUUGGCACACUGUUCUGUCCGUGCGUAGCACUAGUGCGCUAUUAUGCAAGACCCCACUGUCAUGGACACAAACACGGUAAUGAUCAACCAGUUUGCUGCGGUACGGUGCACCAAUAAACCCGGCACACGGCUGCAAAUGAAGCUAAUGUGAUGAUUAUCUACACCAAUAAAGAACUAUCAAUAGCA